AACGUCAAACUUCGUCCCCCUUGUCGAGCCAUGCGCAUUGACGCUUGUUGUCGUGCUUGUGGAGCUGCUUGUCAUGGCUAGACCAGGCCUAAGACCCCACUGAGACACAAGAGAGAGAGGACUCCCCCUGUCCUCCUCCUACCCACAUGGAGGGCACUGACAUGGACGUAGACGCGGAGCUCAUGCAGAAGUUUAGCUGCAUGGGCACCACGGACAAGGACGUCCUCAUCACGGAGUUUCAGAGACUGCUGGGCUUUCAGCUCAACCCCGCCGGCUGCGCCUUCUUCCUGGACAUGACCAACUGGAACCUACAGGCUGCUAUCGGUGCAUAUUACGACUUUGAGAGUCCCAGUAUCAACACGCCCUCUAUGUCCUUUGUUGAAGACGUGACGAUUGGCGAAGGCGAGUCAGUCCCUCCAGACACACCCUUCACAAAGACCUGGAGGAUACAGAACUCGGGGGCAGAGUCAUGGCCGCCCGGUGUGUGCCUGAAGUACAUUGGCGGGGAUCAGUUUGGCCAUGUGAACACGGUCAUGGUGAAGUCUUUGGAGCCCCAGGAGAUUGCAGAUGUGAGUGUGCAGAUGAGAAGUCCUACCUCUCCGGGCAUGUACCAAGGCCAGUGGCGGAUGUGCACAGCCACAGGAUUGUUCUAUGGAGACGUGAUCUGGGUGAUUCUCAGCGUGGAAGUCGGCGGCCUCCUCGGCGUCACCCAGCAGCUGUCGUCCUUUGAGACGGAGUUCAACACGCAGCCGCAGCGUGACGUGCAGGAGGACUUUAACCCCUUCGCCUCACCGCAGAAGAACAAGCGGGAACUGGCGGACUGCAGCAUCGGUGACGCCGGCGGCGCAUGGGAGCACACGCAGGAGUCAGCCCCACGGGACGAAAACAGACCGUCUCACAACGCCGUCAACAGGGCGUCAAACGGCCUCCAAGCUAAUGUGUCAGCAGUGACUCGUGACCAGGGUGUUCAUGGACCCUUUCCUUUUGGACAGAGCUAGAGACACAAACAGACCUCACAGCUGGGAGUCCUUAAAGGGGGGCGGGGAUAAACUGUUUUUCUAAUGACUCUGAACAAGCCCCUCCUCCUAGCCCUGCACCCUCUUUCACCGACACAAAGACAUCAGCCAGACGAUGCAUGUGUGAACGCUUCUUUCAGAUUGAUUACAUUUUUUAUUUCCAUCACCAACCACUCCCGAAUGGACGGGAUAUUUGCGAGGGUGCGGGAUGUCUCCACAGGGUUCCUGCACAGGUCGGGUUGCUCAUCCUUUGGCCAUCUUUUAUAGAUGUUGGCCUUAAAAGUCAAAAUACACGUCACAGCAGCGCAAACCAGAGUGUUAAUCAACUUAGAACUAUUGGAGUUUUUGAAGGCCCCUUCUUUCGGCCUUUCAGACCCAAUUAUCAUUUAAAUAAUCCUUAAAGGUCAAAUGAAAUGAAAAUAGGUCAAAAUCCAGCAUCAGUUAAGGCAUCAAUCUUGCGACUUUUAUGUCUACAAAUUCCUGUGUAGGAACUCCCAAAGAUGAUGCUAAAACAUGAGGGCAUCCAGCCGCAAGGGAGCCCUCUCAUGGAACAAUACUGUAUGUGUGUGUUUUUUAAGGCAGGCUUUCAAAGUGUGCAAAAGUGCAAAAACACUAUGAGUAAUUGAAGUGUGAGAAAAGGUUUUAAAAAGCCAUGAAAAGUCUAUUUUGCCUGGUGAGUGAUUGUGUUUUUCCACGUCUUCGUUUGUGUGUGUGUGUUGCAUUUAAAAGUUACAAUGCAAGGGGCGUGGGUGUGUGUGCUAACUGCCCAACUCAUUCAUAAUCCACGUUAUUUAUUUGUACUCUGCAGGCGCUGCAAUGCCACUCUUGGCCAGCAGGUGGUGCUAGAAAUCUAUUUUAAAUCCUUUGUGCGUGUGUUCUACAGAUUUAAAUUGAAAGGUGAUUCUGCUUGGAGGGAAAAGUCAGCACUGAUCUUUUACUGCUGUUUGCACACACACUUCUCAUGACUUCUGAUAGUGAAAGUAGAUUUGAUUUGAUUUUGGGCUUGUUGUGAAAUGUGAUGCAUUCUUUCUGUCUUUCACAGCUUUAAAGAUUUUAAAACCUGCUCGCUGCACCAAAUUGUCCUCAUGAUAGUGAGUUUUACAUCGUCAUUAUCACCACGUCAGACAGCGACUUUGAACGUGUAUUUUUGAAUGGAGAAUAAAAUGGGUAAAGUUGUUUGAAAAGUGUUGCCUUUUCUACACAUGACGUCUAGUAUUAAUAGCUAGUCUACCUACAGUUCUGUCAAAUUAAUGUGAAUGACAUUCAAUGAAAGCUGAAGGUGUGCCUGCCUGAUAGACAGCUACACCUCCGUGCACGAGUGCAACAGCGCAAAUAUUGACCUUUCUUUUUUUUUUUAAUACAAAAGGUCCAGUGACGCACCUCUAUCACAUCUACCAUCUUUCAUU